AUGGAUCCUCUACACAACCCAGGUCCCUAUAUGGACGGUACCAUGGCUGCGGCCCAAUCAGAAUAUCUGGCUAACGUCAACGUUGACGAUUUACAACUAGACACCAUAGAUUUUGACCCUCUACCUACGUUAAACAGACCCGUCACCGACGAUGGACUUCAGGGGGUGCCAGGCAAUGCGCCUCUUCCACAACAGCCUCCAGCUCCUGGCUUCCUGCAGGCACCUCAGGGUGUUGGCGACAGGAUUGACGUUGGCAUGGGACCUGGGGGUGUCGCAGGAUUCGGUCCUGGAGGCCUCAACUAUGGUCUCAACAACUUCAAUAAUCCCAUCAACCCCCAAGUUCUUCAGAUCAACCCCAAUAUUCAGCCAAGACCCUACCAACCCAACAACAUCUACCCCGAUUUCGGACUAGCAGGGCGUAAUGGGCCGUCGUAUACUCCUAUGAACGCCUGGAUUGAAACCACCAACUAUGAAGGACAACUGCAGCUUACCCCUACUCAAGUCCACUUAUCCGUCGAUGAUAUGCAAAAAGCAUACCGCAAUGCACCUACUCAGCCUAUUCGCGGUUACUGGAAAGGAGAAGAUGGAGGACGUUUCGGAACACAACAACCUUUCCUCGGCGGAUUCGCCCCGUUCCUUAAUCAGCCUAUGAAUCAGCAACCGGCUCAAGGUCAGGAGACAGGAUAUAUCAAGCGCAAGAGGAGAGAUUCCUCCGAUCUACAAGGCCGAGAAGACGAGACUGCCCCUUUUCGCUGGGCUGGUGGAAAGGUUCAGAACAACAGGACGCUCAAGCUAAAGGGGGACAUUACUUGCGACCCAAGCUUUGUCUACACAGAUCCCCUACCCCUCGUGGAAAACUGGAAGAAGAGAGACGGCGGUGGUCCCCAUUUCGAAUACACGCCCUUGGGCCAAUGGGUUGAUCACCUGGAACUCAGCGCCGCAGAGUUGCGUCACUACCUGGAACACUGCCCUCGGGACGUCAACAUCUUUGUCCAGCAGCCUCCCGCUCAGGCCAACUCUCGGCAGCAGGAGUGUGACCGAAGGUGUCGAUACGCCCAGUGUCCCGUGGACUCCAAGAUCAUUCGGCCUGGCUUUCUCCGCGUCGUCUUUGACGAGUACCAUGAACGCACGUCUGAUGGGCGGAAGGACCCCUUCAAGGUUGCGGGCUGCAUGCACAUGUGGUGCUUUGAGCAGUGCGUAGACCCUUACGAGUUCUGGCGCAAGAGAAAGCUAUACCCAGACGAUCGACACCUUCCCAAAGAGCAAAAGAACCUUAUGGCGAUCAACCGCGAUACCGACAGGGCCAUUGUCAACCGAGCCUUUCUUCCAUGGAUGUCGAUCCAGGGCAACCUUCCAGGCCUCCCUGAGAUCCCCCGUGAUCAUCAAGACUCGCUCACUUACACCCUGGUCAAGCAUCAUCUGGAUAACCAAGUCACCGCCCGCCAAACUUGUCGGGACAAGCGCAACAGAGCCAGAGCCGAGGAGGAUAGGAACACCCUCGACGUCCACAUGGGUGACCUGAGCGUCUACGCCCGAAGGUGCAGAGAGAUCAGGGCGAGAAAACGCGCCGGCGCGAAACGCCGCAAGUCUGGGAGCCCUUACGAGAAGGGCCUCACAUGGGUCACUCCGAAAGAUCUUCCCCAAGACUCCGAGCUUGUGGAACAUGUGCAGGAAGAUGUGUUCAAGGGGUCGCUCCAUAGCCCGUUGCAGUCACCAAUCAAGACGCCGACACCAGUUGCCCCAAACUUUGAGCAAUACGUCCAGCCGGGCGAGGAGGACCUGAGCUUGAUGCAGCUGGAUAGGUAUGCGAUGCAGCAGGGGGAGCAAGACCUCAUGCCGCUGGAUCCAAACUUGAUGCAACUGACACAGCAGACAGGCGAGUCAGUCUUUAUUCCGCCAGAGCAAUCGAGAGAGCCGGAUGUGUACGACUAUAUGCAAAUGGUCUCGUCUGGGGAUUUGAACUUUAAGGGACUGUCGCCGUUAGAGAAGUCAAACUUGAUGCCGCAGACAAAGCCUGAGGAGUCAACCCCUAUGGGAAUGCCACCACCGCGAGUGCCAACCCCGAUGCAGCUGGAUUCAUUUUCACUCGCCCUCCCUGAUGUAGACCAACCUCAACCUGGGUCUGAGUCAUUGGCACUCCCCAAGCCAGAGCCCCCGAGCCCAGAGGUCAACACCGUGUCACGGAAACGACGAGCCAGCGAUCUCGAGGAUGACGAAGACAGCCUUUUCGGCAGCAACCCGCGGCGCAAGCGACAGAGGGGCUCAGUAGCGUCCAAGAGCAGCGAGCGUCAAGGUCAGGGCGCACCUCUGAGGAGGAGUCCAAGACAAGGCCCUAGGCGUUCGGCUGCCUAG